AUGACAUGGCAGAACUCCUCCUGGGGGAGUCGAAGCUGGAGCAGUACCUGAAGGAACAUCCGCUGAGGCAGGGGGCCAGUCCCCGAGGCCCUAAGCCCCAGCUGACCGAGGUCCGCAAGCAUCUGACCGCCGCCCUAGACCGAGGGAACCUCAAGUCAGAAUUCCUACAAGAGUCCAAUCUGAUCAUGGCCAAGCUGAAUUAUGUGGAAGGAGAUUAUAAAGAAGCUCUGAACAUUUACGCCCGGGCGGGCCUUGAUGACCUGCCCCUGACAGCUGUCCCUCCGUACAGGCUGCGGAUGAUUGCAGAAUCCUACGCCACCAAAGGACUCUGUUUAGAGAAGCUGCCUAUUUCGUCUUCCACCAGUAAUCUCCACAUGGACCGGGAGCAGGAUGUCAUCACCUGUUAUGAGAAAGCUGGGGACAUCGCCCUCUUGUACCUCCAGGAGAUAGAAAAGGUAAUACUUACUAAUAUCCAAAACAGAAGUCCUAAGCCCGGCCCUGCUCCCCACGAUCAAGAACUAGGUUUUUUCCUAGAAACAGGACUUCAGAGAGCCCAUGUCCUCUAUUUCAAAAAUGGGAACUUGACAAGAGGAGUCGGGAGAUUUAGAGAGCUUCUCAGAGCGGUGGAAACGAGAACAACACAAAACCUGCGAAUGACCAUAGCCAGGCAGCUGGCGGAGAUCUUGUUGCGGGGUAUGUGUGAGCAGAGCUACUGGAACCCCCUGGAGGACCCUCCGUGCCAGUCACCCCUGGACGAUCCUCUCCGGAAAGGAGCAAACACCAAGACCUACACCCUCACUCGCCGGGCUCGUGUCUACUCAGGAGAGAACAUUUUUUGUCCUCAAGAAAACACUGAAGAGGCCCUGUUGCUGCUGCUGAUUAGUGAAUCAAUGGCCAACCGGGAUGCUGUGCUGAGCAGGACACCUGAGCACAGGAGUGACCGCCUCAUCAGCUUGCAGAGCGCGUCUGUGGUCUAUGACUUGCUGACCAUUGCCCUUGGAAGAAGAGGCCAGUAUGAGAUGCUGUCAGAGUGCUUAGAAAGAGCCAUGAAGUUCGCCUUCGAGGAGUUCCACCUCUGGUACCAGUUUGCUCUGUCGCUGAUGGCUGCUGGAAAGUCUGCUCGGGCCGUGAAGGUGCUGAAAGAGUGUAUCCGCUUGAAGCCCGACGAUGCCACCAUCCCGCUGCUCGCCGCCAAGCUGUGCAUGGGCUCCCUGCACUGGUUAGAAGAGGCUGAGAAGUUUGCCAAAACAGUCGUUGAUGUGGGAGAGAAAACGUCAGAGUUCAAGGCCAAAGGCUACUUGGCUCUGGGGCUCACGUACAGUCUGCAGGCCACUGACGCUUCUUUGCGAGGGAUGCAGGAGGUCCUACAGAGAAAGGCGCUUCUUGCAUUUCAGAGGGCCCACAGCCUGUCACCUACUGAUCACCAAGCAGCUUUCUACCUGGCUCUGCAGCUUGCCAUCUCCAGACAGAUACCAGAGGCUCUAGGGUACGUCCGCCAAGCUCUUCAACUUCAAGGCGAUGAUGCCAACUCCCUGCACCUCCUAGCCCUCUUACUGUCAGCACAAAAGCAUUACCACGACGCGCUCAACAUCAUUGACAUGGCCCUGAGUGAAUACCCCGAAAAUUUUAUACUACUGUUUUCCAAAGUGAAGUUGGAGUCCCUCUGCCGGGGCCCAGAUGAGGCACUGCUCACCUGUAAGCACAUGUUACAGAUAUGGAAAUCCUGCUACAACCUGACCAAUCCCAGUGACUCUGGACGUGGGAGCAGCCUCUUAGACAGAACUAUCGCCGACAGACGACAGCUUAACACAAUCACUUUGCCAGACUUCAGUGAUCCCGAGACAGGCUCUGUCCACGCCACGUCGGUAGCAGCCUCAAGAGUGGAGCAGGCACUGUCAGAAGUGGCCUCAUCUCUGCAGAGCAGUGCCCCCAAGCAGGGCCCACUACAUCCCUGGAUGACGUUGGCACAGAUCUGGCUCCACGCAGCUGAAGUCUACAUUGGUCUUGGGAAGCCUGCGGAAGCCACAGCCUGUACCCAGGAAGCUGCCAACCUCUUCCCAAUGUCCCACAACGUCCUGUACAUGCGGGGCCAGGUCGCGGAGCUCCGUGGGAACAUGGAUGAAGCGCAGCGGUGGUAUGAGGAAGCCUUGUCCAUCAGCCCCACCCACGUGAAGAGCAUGCAGCGGCUGGCGCUGAUCCUUCACCAGCUGGGCCGCUACAGCCUGGCAGAGAAGAUCCUCCGGGACGCGGUGCAGGUGAACUCGACAGCCCACGAGGUGUGGAACGGGCUGGGCGAGGUCCUCCAAGCUCAGGGCAACGAUGCUGCGGCCACCGAGUGCUUCCUGACGGCCCUGGAGCUGGAGGCCAGCAGCCCGGCCGUGCCCUUCACCAUCAUCCCCCGCGUGCUCUGAGCAGGCCCUGCCUCACUGAGCUGCCUCGCACGCCAAGGACGCUCUGCCUGGGCCCGGGGAGCACCCUGUGGCCCGGGGGUAGCUCUGCCGCUCCGAGGCCCCGGAGGAUGUUCCACUGACCACAGCGAGCUCACCAACUACCCCAUCACCGCUCGCUCUUUGUGCGUUCCUCUGCUGUUGUGCCAGCUUGGUGACAGUCUCUGAACCUUCUGGCGGGGUUCGCAGGGAUUAUGUGCCAUAUCUGGUUAGCUGACAUCUGAGUUUUAAGUGAAAUGAUUAUGGAGUUAAUCAGCAAAUGUAGAAGAGUUUAUUCAAAGGUGAAACUCAGCGGCAGAACAGAUUAUUUUUAUCAGAGCCGUAAAGAAAACAACUAACUGUCUGUCCUCUGCUCGGCCACCGCAGCCCAGAAACCAAAUGUGAAUCCUCUGUUCCCACCUCAGCACCCAUCCACGCCAGGACACCAGCUGGCGGUUUCUCGGUUUAUUGUCAAUAAUUGUACCCUGUGAAGAAUUACUGUUCUCCUCACUUAGAACAAAGCCUGAGUCCAAGAAUAUUUAUAUUUUACCAAUAUAUGCCUGUUACAAGAGAAGGAAAUAUGAGUUAUUUAAGUUUAACUUUUUUAUGUGAAUUCAGAGUUUAUUUAUCGAUGGAAAUAUGUACAAAGAAGCUUCAAAUGGAAUAUUUACCGACAUUCCUUAUACAUGGCAGACACUUGGCUAAAUGGGAAGAUGAUGUUAAUAAAAAAAAAUGAUUUUUAAAUGGA